AUGUACUUUGCUACAGGCUCAGCAAGGCUUCUCUCCUUAGCAAAUGUCAGCGGUUCCGAGGAUGAAGACAAAACAGUUAUAGGCAUCAACGCGAACAGUCGUAAAAAUCUCUUCUUUGUCCUCACAAAGAGUAACAUAUCUAUAUGGAAAGUUCGGCCUCCUGUCCUAUUGGCUUCAGUACAACGAACGAAGAUCUCGGUGGACGAACAUGGCGCCAAUGUAGCCGCCUUCUGGUCUCCUGAAGGCUCCAAGAUCGCGAUACAUACCACUGCAUCGUUCGUCGUCUUGGUCAAUAUCUAUCAAACUCCCGACUACCGUCCGUUGUCAAGAUUAUCCGUUGCUAGUAUUAUCCGAACGACAUUCCUACCCGGGCCCGGAGAGGGUUUACCUCUCGAGGGAUUGUAUCUACAACUUCGUGGCGUCAUCAAGAUAGAUGGAGAAUUGCUCUGCCUCUCUCCUCGUAUCACACAUCUUCUCUUUGCCACUCGAAACCCUGCCGCUGUUCAACAGCUACCCUGGCCUCAAGAUGACGAGGAGGAGGAGGAUGCUGGUUGGCUUGGGCACGAAACCUGGUCAUUGAAUGAACAACAAUUUCCGUGGCUUGAUGGCUCUGCUGAAGGUCACGUCACUCUCUCCAAAAUUCGUCAUACCAAGACAUCAGCAGCCGAGGGAUGGAUAACAAACGAUGGAAAGGCGUACUUUACGCAUCUUACAAAACAAGAAAGGGAUCCAAAUCAACUUCCAGAGCAAGAGGUACAGUCGCCGGCUAGCCACAAGACCACAGGAGAAGACGAAUCGGUCUGGUUGGGUACUCGUUUAUAUCCUGAUUCCUCUAGCUUGGGUCUCGAUCUCGGAAAUAAUCCAUCAAAAGGAGCGGUUGAUAUUGCAUUAAAUUCAAGAUUUUCCAUCGUGGCUGUGGGGUUAGAAGACGGCGAACUUGUAUAUAUACCGUUUCCAUCUCAAGAAGGGACUCUCGCCCCACCAAAAUUCCUCAAGAUUCCCGAUCUUUCUCUUUACGGAUCCUGUGGCCGCGUAACUAGUCUAGAAUGGACGAGUGAUGGCUAUGCCCUGGCAGUUGGAUGGCAGAAUGGAUGGGGCAUUGUCAGCGUAGGCGGCAGAUUUUUGGCAUGGAAUAUAGGUGCAAGCAUAUCACAUCCAGAGUACUUAAUUCAGGAUCCUAUUGUUUUAGAGUUGACACAAUGGCCAGGUUACAGGACACCUUUAUGUACGGAGUAUCAAAUUUGGUGA